AUAAGGAAGAUUCCCCCCCCUGGCCCCGCCCCGGAUCCGGCAGGCGCCUCCCGCUUCCGCCCGUCUCCCGGCAACGCUGGCUCCGCCCCGCCAUGGCGCCGGAGGAGAGUGUCGGAAACGUGCGCCUGCUGCGGAGUUUCGAGCGCCGCUUCCUGGCGGCGCGUCCCUUGCGCUCCUUCCCCUGGCAGAGCCUGGAAGAGAAAUUAAAGGAAUCACCAGAUUCUGAGCUGCUGCGGGAAAUUUUACAGAAGACUGUGAAACAUCCUGUGUGCGUGCAGCACCCACCCUCAGUAAAGUAUAUCCGGUGCUUUCUCUCAGAGCUCAUCAGAAAGCAUGAGGCUGUCCACACAGAGCCUUUGGAUGAGCUAUAUGAGGCAUUGGCAAAGAUCCUGAUUGCUGAGGAGUCCACCCAGUGCUACCGGAGCUAUUUGCUGCCUUCCGGAACCCCACUCACACUCUCUGAGAGCACGGCCAUCGUGUCCCAUGGCACUACAGGCCUGGUCACUUGGGAUGCCGCCCUAUACCUCGCAGAAUGGGCCAUUGAGAACCCAGCAGUUUUCACUCACAGGACUGUUCUUGAACUGGGCAGUGGAGCUGGCUUCACAGGACUGGCUAUUUGCAAGAUGUGCCACCCCAAAGCAUACAUCUUCAGCGACUGUCACAGCCGUGUCCUUGAGCAGCUUCGAGGAAAUGUGCUGCUUAAUGACCUCUCACUAGAACCAGAUGCCACCACAGAUGCAGAGAGACCCCUUGUGACGGUAGCCCAGCUGGACUGGGAGGUCGCCACUGUCACUGAACUCUCUGCCUUCCAGCCCGACAUUAUCAUCGCAGCAGAUGUACUGUAUUGCCCAGAGGUGAUCCUCUCGCUGGUUGGAGUCCUGCAGAAGUUUGCAUCCUGCCACAGGAACCAGGCUCCUGAUGUCUAUGUGGCCUUCACUCUGCGCAACCCAGAGACAUGCCAGCUGUUUAUCACUGAGAUAGAAACUGUAUUAGGAAACCAUCCUGGUGAGAAGCUCCCCAGCCUGUGUGCAUAGAUGACAGGAGCCCUUCUGGCCUUCAGGAAGAGCGCUGGCAAAGGUGUCAGGCAGAUAAGGUUCACUUCUCAGCUCCUCUCCUCCUGUGCCAACUGACUGACAGAGAGAUAAGAGAGCAGUAAGGACCCUGGACAGGCAGGGUGGGCAUGGGGCCACACCUGGAUGUCACUGCUAUUGUCCUGGUCCUACCCUGGAGCUGCCUCUGGGCAUCAAGGUGGGCCUAGAAAUCUAUGAACCAAGCAAACCAACUCAGACACACCCACAGCCCGUCCUACCUCCCCUGUACUGAUAGAUGCCUGCCUUGUCCCCAACACCACCUCCAUCGUCAGACACAUGUGCUGUGUUUCCAGGCCAGGCCAGGAUCCAGUGGGAAGUGGUGCCUCCUCGUGAGCAGAAGCUGUUCCCAUAUGAAGAGUACUUAGAGACAUCUAUCCUGAAACUCAUACUGUAGGUCUCACCAACAGUCUGGACGAUUAUUAUGAAAAAUAAAUCUGUAUUGUGGGAAGUUUUUCAUGUAUGAAAGCUGAUAAAACUUUCAUUGUA